AAACAAACAAGGAAAAAAGAUUGCAUUUUAAUUUUUUUUUGGCACAUUUCACAAUAUUAUGGAAAUUGCACCAUUGAUCAAUAACGCAGUUGUCUCUGCCGUUGCCGCCUCUGCCUCAGCCGUAGUUGUGUCUGCCUCUGCUUCCUCUUCCUCCUUUGCCUACGAGAGCAGCGAGAGUAAUAGCAGCAGCAGCAGUAACAGCAGCAAUAGGAAUAACAACAACAACGGCAAAGAAAAUGAUAAUGUUAACAAUUUGGCGUUGUUGGCGUCGCUGACGUUACGAAAAGUGCUAAAUAUUAAUAAUAUUAAUAACAAUAACAAUAAUAGCAUUAGCCAACAACAACAACAAAAUCAUCAUCAUCAACUACAACAACAACAACAACGACGACACUCCGAUAACGAAGCCGAAAAUGAUGUUUUAAAUCAAUUACUUAGAACCGGAGCAAUAUUCACCAAGACAACAACAAAAACUUCCUCAGCACCGAUAGCCAUUGAGAAGAAGAGACAACAGUCGCAGCAGCUUAAUCAUAAUCACAAUCAUCAUCACCAUCAACAACAACAACAACAGCAGCAGCAGCAUGGCCAGUCGUAUCAACAGCAGCUACAACAACAACAACAGCAACAGUAUCCAAAUAGCGCACAGAAACAACGCCUCAAUUCAUCCAUAUCAUCGACCAACUCAUCAUUAUCCUAUGGUAGUUCCAUUUCAUCAUCCGAUACCUCUGAUGGACAACAGAUCAAUUUAUCCACCACUCCAGCAGCAGCAACAACAACAAACACUAUCAAAGCGUCCAGCAUUAAAUUGCCAGAGAAAUCAAAGAUUCCGUCCGAUAUACUUGAUGAUCUGGCCAGUCGAUUUAUUAUUAAUGUACCGGACAUGGAGUUAAAUAAUUUGAUAAGAAUUUGCUUUCAAAUCGAAUUGGCACAUUGGUUCUAUUUGGAUUUCUUUUGUGCCCCAGAACCAGAGCAAGAUGCUGCUGCUGCAAUUGCAGCAGCUACUGCUUCUGCUGCUGCCGCUGCUGGCGGAAACAGUGAACAGGAUAUACAGCAGCGAAAGAGAAAGUUGCCAGAGGUGGGCAUUAAACAGUUUGCCAUGCAAUUAUUUCAGCACAUUCCCUUCCUAAAUAAGCACUUUGGGACUGUGGAUCAAAUCCUAGAGGAAUGGAAAAACUACAAACUAUCCGUGCCCACAUAUGGAGCCAUUUUAAUAGCCGAGGAUCUAAAUCAUUGUUUGCUUGUGCAAUCCUAUUUUGCUCGCAAUUCAUGGGGAUUUCCCAAGGGUAAAAUUAACGAGAACGAGGAUCCAGCCCAUUGUGCCACCAGAGAGGUUUAUGAGGAGACUGGUUUCGAUAUAACCGAUAUUAUCGAUGCCAACGAUUAUAUUGAGGCUUUUAUCAAUUAUCAAUAUACUCGACUUUAUAUCGUGCGAAAUAUACCCAUAGAUACACAAUUCGCACCACGUACAAGGAAUGAGAUCAAGUGCUGUGAGUGGUUUCGCAUUGAUGCAUUGCCGGUCAAUAAGAAUGAUGCCAUAUCGAAAGCCAAAUUGGGCAAAAAUGCCAAUUCAUUCUUCAUGAUAAUUCCAUUUGUGAAGCGUCUGAAGAAAUGGGUAAACGAACGAAAGGCCGGCAUUGAGCCGACACGACGACGUAAGUUCUCGGGCCAGCAGAGUCCGAAGGCGACCUCAUCAUCGCCCAUACAGCAACAUCAUCAACAAGAACAGAAUCAAAGUGGUAAAAAAGAUGUUAAUGGUGGACGAUCCUCAUCGCGUAGACAAAGACACAAGUCCAUGGGUGAUUUGGAUGGCAUGGCCAAGAUGAAUAAUCUCAAUGGUGGGGGCAAGACAGCAGGGGGAGGUGGAGCAGGCGGCGGAGUGGUGCCCACUUCAGUGUGUGGUUCUGUUCCUGCUACCUCUUUGAAUAUAUGCAAUAGCAACAAUGGCAAACGCAAUAAACAAAAUGCGGCUGCUGGCAGCAAUAUAACAACAACGACAACAACAACAACGCCACUAACGGCAGGAGGAGUAGGAGGAGGUGUUGGUAAUCCAACCUCAAAGCGUCAGCUGUUUCAUAGUCAAAGCCAAAACGAUGCCCAACAGCCGGCAAACAAUGAAAAGAUUGUCAGCUCUUUUGAUGUAAUCCGCAAGGGGAAGCAGCAACAACAGAAGGCAAGCAAGGCCCAGAAGCAGCAGCAGCAACAACAACAACAACAACGAUCACGGGCCAAAUCCCAAAGUGAUAAGCAAAGCAAUCAUCAGCAGCAGCCGCAGCAGCAGCCGCAAGUCAAGCAAAUUUUAGGUGGACAACAACCCACAACGGGAAUGGAUUUAAUAGCAAUGCUAACGGCUGCAGCAGCAGCUAAAACCGAACAGCAGCAGCAACAACAACAACCACAACAGCGUCCACGACCAGCUUCUGUAUCACUUAAUUUUGGUGGUGGUAGUGGAACUGGAGGAGGAACAACAACACCAAUUGUCGGUGAAGGUCAAUCGUUCCAUAAAUUGCAGCGAAUGGCCUCUGGCACCAAUUUGAAGCGUGCUCAAUCGCAGCAGCAAAACCGACAACAAUUGCCACAGCAGCAACAACAUCAGCUGCUGCAACAACAACAGCAGCAGCAGCAACAACAAAACCAGCAAGUAGGCGUAGACACGCCUACAUUGGGCCCAUUAAAUUUCACGCCCAAUUUCAAUUCGUGGACGAAUUUCUCUUUCACAAAAAAUUUCAUAGCAAAUGUUUUUUGCUAAAGAAGAAGAAGAACAAAAACACGAAAUGUUCAAGUGACAGGAUAAUUU